GUCCUAGGUAUUUGACUUGAAUGGAAAUCAGUAUCUCUUUGUUUUUGAUGGACAGUGUAGGGUUAGACUGUGUUUUCUUUACAUUUUUUUAAUCUUGUCCACCACUUUUUACACCAGCGUUCACUCUCAAGGUGUUUUGCAUGUUGGAGUUAGGUUGGGUAGGGUUCGUGCUAGAGGACAAAAUAGUUGUAUGUAGGUGGUAAUGAUAAUAUUGGGGUGUGAAGGUAGGUCAGAAGAAUAAAUUAUAUAAAGGAUUUUGUUUAGUUUUUAAAUUUAGUUAUUUAAACGUGAAACUUCGUGCGAAAUGAGGGCCUUGAGCGCCCCCUCCUUAAUUUAAAAAUUUCGACUCAGCUUGUUCAAUAGAGCCAAUUUUCAGCUAGGAUCAUGUUGUUUUAAUGUAUAAUUGUUAUGUUUAAUAUUUUAAAAUGAAAAUUGUUGAAUAUGGUAGUAAAUAAUGAGAGUAAAAGAAAAACAGGAAUGUAGGUUGUUUGGAUCAAUGGCGGUAGAUAAUAACCAGUCAGGUUUUUUAAUCGGAAAUAAAACGUAUUUUUACGUAGUUCGAUGUUUUGUUUUUGGGCGGGCUUGUUUUUGGAUGGAUCGAGUGAAAAGAGUAAAAUAAUUCCGACGGUUGGACGAUGUUCCGUACGCCGAUCGACCUGCCGGAGGGGGGGCAGUGGGCAGAAUGAGAGCAGCAGCUGUUCGGUGAAGGGAACACCGUCUGGAUCCGAGUAUGGCAGGGGAAGAAACGAUGGACUAUCCUGCUUUAGGUGUGACCAAAUCUAAUCCGACUACCGUUUCCGAUAGCCCAGUCACAGAUCCAGGAUCAGCCGUUAAGCUCCUAACUCAACGACAACUGCACUUCAAAAGAACGCACUCGAUUAAAACAGUUGAUGGUGGGACAACUCUUUUUAUGGGCCAACGAAAAAUGCAGGAAACAAAGUCAUCAAGUGCUUUAAAAAAAUCCAGCCGAUACAGGAGUCGUUCUCUCUCAGCAUCAUCGACUGAUUCUUAUAGUUCAGCAUCUUACACUGGUAGCAGCUCUGAAGAAGAUGAUGUUUCACCUCGUCAAAAAGAUCAAAAAUCUUCAUCAGGAUUUAGUGACUUCUGUGUUCGAAAUAUCAAAGAGCACGCCUUCGGGCGAAGGGAAAUUGAGAUUGCUGAACAAGAAAUGCCCGGUAUUAUGGCCCUUCGAAAAAGAGCGGUUGAAGACAAACCUUUGAAACAAGCAAAAAUUGUUGGCUGCUCUCACAUCAAUGCACAGACAGCUGUUCUACUUGAAACUUUGGUUGAACUAGGUGCUCAAGUCAGGUGGUCAGCGUGUAACAUUUAUUCAACCCAGAAUGAAGUUGCUGCUGCUUUGGCUGAAGCAGGAUUCCCGAUAUUUGCAUGGAGGGGUGAGACAGAAGAAGAUUUUUGGUGGUGUAUAGACAAAUGUAUCAAUGCCGAGAAUUGGCAGCCUAAUAUGAUUUUGGAUGAUGGAGGGGACGCGACACAUCUCAUGUUGAAAAAGUAUCCUUCAUUGUUCAAAGUUAUAAAAGGUAUAGUGGAAGAAAGUGUAACUGGAGUCCACCGUCUAUACCAACUUUCCAAAACUGGCAAACUCACCGUUCCAGCCAUGAACGUUAACGAUUCAGUUACAAAAAUGAAAUUUGAUAAUCUCUACAGCUGCCGGGAAUCCAUUUUGGAUAGUUUGAAACGCUCAACUGAUGUUAUGUUUGGAGGAAAACAGGUAGUUUUGUGCGGUUACGGAGAAGUCGGAAAAGGUUGCUGCCAGGCUUUAAAAGGCCUAGGCUGCAUUGUUUAUAUCACUGAAAUUGAUCCGAUUUGCGCCCUUCAAGCCUGCAUGGAUGGAUUCAGGGUUGUUAAAUUGAAUGAAGUAAUAAGGACAAUUGACAUUGUCAUCACUGCAACUGGAAACAAGAAUGUCGUGACAAGGGAACACAUGGAUAAAAUGAAAAAUGGUUGCGUUGUUUGCAAUAUGGGACAUUCUAAUACAGAAAUAGAUGUUAAUAGUCUUCGGACACCAGACCUCACUUGGGAAAAAGUACGUUCUCAAGUUGAUCAUGUUAUUUGGCCUGAUGGCAAAAGAAUAGUUCUUCUUGCUGAGGGCCGAUUAGUUAACCUUUCUUGCUCAAGUCUACCUUCAUUUGUAGUUUCUAUCACAGCAGCUACUCAGGCACUGGCAUUAAUAGAAUUGUUCAAUGCACCAACUGGGAGAUACAAGUCUGAUGUUUACCUUUUACCCAAAAAAAUGGAUGAGUAUGUUGCUAGCCUUCAUCUUCCUACAUUUGAUGCCCAUUUAACAGAAUUAACAGAUGAUCAAGCUAAAUACAUGGGAUUAAACAAAGCAGGACCAUUUAAGCCUAAUUAUUACAGGUAUUAAUGAAGAUAGCAUGCAGGGCUAGUAAAUACAUUGUAAAAGUAUGAAACAUACAUGUUUGGAAUACGUUAGCAUUAACAAAAAAAAUUAAAAUUAAAAAAUUAAAAAUAAAUAAAUUACAAAAAAAAUUUCUUUGUAUACUGAAUUACUUCUUAAUUUAGCCUAAUGGUUACGUUUUUAUUUACAAAAUUUAUUUACAAAUUGUUAGUUGAUUGUGUCUGUAGUUAAAUUCAGAAUUAGGAUGUUUUUUCUCAAAAGUUGGUUGAGUCCUCUAAAAACAAAAACACUGUUAUUUUAUCACAGAUAGUUAUAACUAUACAUUCCAAUUUUGUUUAUUUAUUUUAUAAUUUUAUAUAUAUAUUUUUUUUAAUGGUUGAGAAGGGAAAAUUCACACACUUGAGUUUUUGUUUCUCUUGUUUCGAGGUUUUAAAUUUUUUUUUUGUUGACAGUUUUAAAUUUAUUAUAGGAGUGAUGGUAUUUUUUUUCUAUUGUUUUACCCUUAGAAAAGUCAGUUUGUAAAAUGUCAUAUGUAAAUACAAUGUUUUAGUUAAAUUUUGGAUUUAAUUUUUGAAAGGUAUCGAUUUCAAUUUAUCUAAAUGUUGAUUAUUACAUAGAUAAAAUGAUUUAAUAGAUAAUUAAAAUUUUACCUUAAAAUUUGUGUUUUUAAUUACUUUUUAAGCAUAAAUUAAAGAAACGUGUCAUGUAAACAGACCGAAAAUAUGUUGCAUCCACUGCCUUUUAGUAUUUGUUUCAAUUUUUCAUUUUAAUUUUUCAACUUAACGGACUCUAAACUAAAUAUUUGAUAAAUAACAUCCUACGUUAUAAUAUUGUUAAAGUUAUAUUUUUAAAGUUUAUUUUAGGAAUUUUUGUUUUAUUAAUUUAGCACGGUACAAUGCGAGAUGUACGAAGUUUUCAGUUGUUACAUAUGAUUACAUGAACAAUAUUUUCAGAAGAGAAAAAAAAUUGUGCUCACAGUGCUCAAAUUAAUUAAACACAAAAUUUGUAGGCUGUUACUAUCAUGACAGUGUAUUUUUUAAACAAUAAUUUAUCCAGUUAAAAAUAGGACAUAGUUUGAUUAUUGUAAUUGGUACAAAAUAUAAAAUAACAGGAUAAAGAUUUCAAACACUUCUCAGAUUUUUUUUUAAAAUCAUCUUUUGAGAUUUUCCAUAAGAAAAAAAGCUUACUAAUAAAAAUUUAAUUUUUAAUGCUAUGUCAUAAUGUAUUACAUACAGUUCAAUAGGUAAAAAGUGUUUGAAAUCCGUGUCCUUAAUUCUAAGUUAACAUUUCUAUUGCAUUUACAAUAUAAUAAUUACUCUUUCCUUUUAUAUUGUCUUUUUUUCUUUUCUUUUUCUUUUUGUUUUCUUUUAAACUGCUCUUGCUGCUGAUUUCAUAAGAGGUUGCAAUUUGGGUACUUAUAGUAUUCAGCCUUUUUAAGAACUGUGAUUAAGACAAUUAUAAAAACUAAAAAGAAAAUAUUUACUUUAAACUCGAGCAUUUUAUUUUAUAAACAGGGAAAUAUAAAAAGAAGAAAAAAAAAUAUUUUAUCAAAAUAUUGUUUAGAACCAUAUCUUUGGACAGACGUAAAGUAAUUAUUAUUAUGAGAAUAUUUUUAAAUUUAAUAUGCUUGGUGCCCCCAGAGAUGAAUUAUGAAGGGAAGUCAAGAAAUUAUUCUUGUUGUUGAAAGCUGCAAAUAACCCUAAAAAACCUAGUUCAGUUAUCAAAUACUACAGUUAGCAGGUUUUGUAUGUUAAUCAUUAUUGAUUACUGUAUGUUACGUGGAGUAUUAUCAAAUUAGGUCAGUAUGGUUCUGUCGAUAACAAUCGAUGUUUUAAUUUGUAGUCAGAGUAGAACGUUUAACAUUUAAUCAUGUUUAGAAGUAAUGUUUAAAUUUAGAUUUUAUGUAUAGUACUUUUUAACAUAAAUAAGGUAAUUAUAAUUUUUGAUUGAUUUUUAAUUAAUUGUAAUGCAUGUUGAAUGCAUUAACUUAGCUUAAGAAUUAACAACAAGAAUAAUUUCCGUUUAAUAUUUGGCGGUUACCAUUGGUUAAAAAUAAAAUAAGGUUUAACAUAUUUCUUCCAGAAGCCCAGUAAUUAAUAUUUAGAAAGGGAGGGGA